AUGGAUUUACUGUGGAAAGUUAGCUCCAAAGCGAAAGAAAUGUUGUCUCAGAAAGAUGACGCUACUGAGAGCCCUGAGGCAUCAAAGGGGGAACCCCCCAUUGGUUUUACUGCUGGUCUUGGAGCAGAAAAACCAGCUUCUUCUUUAAGUCUUGAAACUCAACAAGGUAAUUCAGACAGAGAAGUCUCUUCAGAAAGUGAAAAUGUAGAUACCGAACGAAGUCCUAGUCCUGUUUCCAAAGAGUCAGAACCUACCCUUGAAAUCGGGGACGAAUCAGAAAAUAGCAAUGUCAAAGUGGGCCUAUCUGCAGGCGAUCUGAAAGAUGCGUCUCAGAAAGCAGUAGAAACUGCUAAGGAAUCUGCUAAGUCGUUCGGAAGUUUCCUGUAUGGCAUUGCAAAUAAAACUGGCCGUACCUUGACCGAAACUGCUAAGCAGCUCAAAACAACUGUGGAAGAAAACAGCAUCUUGGGAGACUUUAACAAAGAGCAACAGGCUUUUGCCACCAGUAAGAAUUCUGAGUCGAAAGAUGAAAGCCCUCCUCCCUGGGUUGGAACUGAGGAUGAAGAAAACCUGAAACAGCAAAUUUUGUCUUUGUCGGCCGAUCGCCGAAAUUUCCUCAGGAGUCCUCCUACGGGGGUGAAGUUUGACUUUGAUUUCGACAGCAUGUAUCCUGUCGCUAAGACCAUGCUGAAAGAGGAUCCGGCUCUAGAAACUAUGAGAUUUGAAAUCGUUCCGAAACUCAUCAACGAAGAAAACUUCUGGAGGAAUUAUUUUUACCGAGUUUCCCUCGUGAAACAGUCCUCAAAGCUGAACAAAAUGCAAAAGGAUAGCAGUGGUGACAGCAGUUCUUCGUCUUCGAGGAGGAGCCUCUCUAAUGAGAGCAUCAAGGGAAUGGAGAAAACUGGCAUCGAAAAUGAAGCUUUUGAUGCAUCUGAUAGCCCCACACAGGAGUUUGUGAGCGAUGCUUUUCAGGCGAACCGGGUCUCCGAAGAAGACAUAAAGCAGGGUAUGAAAAUGCUUGGGGUCACUGAAAAAGCUUCCAAAGAAGAUGACUGGGAGAGGGAGAUGCAGCAGGAACUACAAGAGUAUGAAGUUGUGGCUGAAGGGAACGAUGAUGACCACGAUUGGGAGAAUGAAAUUGAGGAAAUGCUCGAUGAGAAAGUGAAAGACGUGGUUUAA